AUGUUUACACGACAGUAUAUGACAUUAUGUUUAAUCUCAUUCCUAACAAUUCUUGCCACACCUGCCUUUCUAGUCACAGCCUACAUUAUCGAUACGUCUAAAUUAACAGAUGCAUCAUUAUCAUCAUCUGUCCAAUCAACACCCUCAUCCUAUUUAGGUUCAAAAGUUCUAUUUCAAAGUCCCAGUGUGGAGAAUAUUUACAAUGAACUGAUUGUCUCAUCGAAACCUUUAAAUUUGCGUAAAUAUUCCAAUCGGCCCAAAACCAAGAAGACUAAAAAAGAUUCACGAAUCUAUUAUAUACCCAUACCACCACUGCCAUAUCGUUUUAUUCCCGGCAUUGGUUACGACUAUCAGCCAAUGAAAAUUAAACCUCUCCUCGUGGAACCAGAAGCGGCUGUGACUACGGAGAAAAUUAAUUAUUCCGGUUAUAAAAUUCCAAAUCCCUAUAAACAAUAUCAACAGCAAUUACAGAUGUCCUACUUUAAACCGUUGAUGGCAAUGCAGGAGAAUUAUAAAAUUCCCACAACCCAGGCACCAGUUCGAAAACCCCCAGUGGCAGAGAGUAAAGUUUUUCGUGUGGAUCGUGAUGAUUAUUAUUUUAAUGGUCGGCCAUUUAGAUUACAAGUGGCGCAUGCUGGACCAAAAUACAAUUUAACACCACAAAAUUUGAAAUCAUCAUUUUAUUUCGAUAAAAAUAUUAUUUAUUAAGUUAUUUCUUCAUAGUCUAAAUAUAAAUAUAAAUGUAAAUUAAAAGAUUAAAA